AUGGCUAAAUGGUUUUUGAUUCUGGCAGUAAGUUUUUGGUUAUUAAAAAGAUCUAAAACUGCACUACCUCACCGCAACAACACUUCAAUGCCUGGGAAUAUCGUCAUUUCAUCGAAACUAACAUCAAUACCGGACAGAUUGAGCUACAUUUGGACAUCUACACGUGAUGUCGUAUUAAGAAAAUGUGCAAUGUCUUCUAAAUAUCGUUAUGGCUUGGAGUUUAAAAUAAAGAAGAAUAAUCUACACUUAUUCCUGCUAAUAUUAUUAUCUGGAGACGUUGCCACAAAUCCAGGACCUGGAACUUCGACUGAACACACUAGUAAUGAACUCAAUGCCAUUUAUCUGAACGCGCGAAGUCUUAAAGCUUUUGUGCCAUUUAAUGAUGAUUCUUCUGCUAAAGUCUGCAAGAUCACUUUGUUAAAGGAACUAGUUCAUAGUGGGUCCUAUGACAUCAUCUGCAUUUGCGAAACUUGGCUCAAUGACUCAAUUAUAAGCAGCGAGCUGCUGCCUGGAUAUAGUGUCUUUCGCCGAGAUAGAGUUGAAAAGGUUGGGGGCGGAGUGCUUGUUGCCGUGAAAGUCAAUCUGCAUGCGACUAGACGGCCAGAUCUCGAAAGAAAUGAAAUCGAACUAGUUGUAGUGGAACUUAAUAACACGAACAGUAAACCUGUAAUCCUGUAUACGUUUUAUCGUCCUCCUGUUUCAGGCCCCGAAGUUUUCCAUCACCUUAGUUCAUCACUUCAGAAUACAAGCGAAUCUAGCUGUAUUGUUUUGGUAGGAGACUUCAAUCUUCCCGCACUUGACUGGACUACAUUCGAUGAACAAAUCCCUACUACGGCCGGAGGUCAACUGGAAAACAGUUUCUGCGAUCUGUUUGAUGAUAAUUUCCUACAGCAAUUCAUUCUUGGUCCUACCCACAACUGUGGCAAUAAACUUGACCUUCUAAGUAACUGUCCUGAAAUUAUUACGAAUGUCGAAACAUCUACUCCCGAACAGUGCAAAUUUCCAACCGAUCAUUAUAUCGUCGAAUUUCAGAUCAAACUUAAAUUUAAGCGAGCUAGGAAUGUCAAACGUCGAAUUUACAACUACAAAAUGGCAAACUUUGAAGGUUUGCGUAGCUGCUUGUCCAAUGUACCGUUUGAGAACGCUUUCUCGGAUGAUAUUGUCCAAUACUGGUCGAAUUGGAAAGACUUAUUCUUGACGGCUGUGAAUAAAUUCGUCCCUGUUAAAACCAUUAAAGACAUAAAUUCCCCCCAAUGGAUUGACGGCGAAGUUCGUCAGCUUGUCCGUAAGAAAUACGCUGCACUCAAGAAAUUCCGCCAGAAUAGAUCCAUCAUCCGUAAGCAAAAGUUGCGUUGUAUAAGUCAAAACAUCAAGAGUUUGAUCAGAAAAAAACAUCGCGAAUAUCUAGAAAGAGUCGAAUGUUCGUUCAACAAAAACCCGAAGUUUUUCUGGAGCUACCAUCAAGCUAUUCUACACCAUAAGGAACAACACAACGCGGUUGUUACUUACAAAGAUAUUACAGCCAAAACUCCAGCAGAGAAAGCUGAACUUUUUAAUUCAUACUUCUCAUCUGUGUUUGUACCAUCAAAAUCCACCACUGACACUGACAAUAACUUAGACUCUUUUGAUCCCGAUACCCAAAUAUCUGAUAUAACCUUAACAACGGAAGAAGUUGCUGCGUGUCUGUAUAAUCUGGACAUCUCUAAGGCAAGCGGCCCAGAUGGCAUUCCAGCAAGAAUUCUAAAGGAAUGUAGCCACCAAAUCGCACCUAGCAUUUGUGACCUAUUCAAUCAUUCGCUACGCACUGGGCGCCUUCCCUCCCAAUGGAAAUCAGCUGAUGUUACACCCAUUCACAAGAAAGACCUUAAAGAACCCGUUGAAAAUUACAGACCGAUUUCCCUCCUGCCUAUCAUCAGCAAAGUUUUGGAACGUUUUGUUUCCAGGAGAUUCUAUGAUCACGUCAUUCACCUCAUCACACCAUCACAACACGGUUUUCUUAGAAAUCGUUCGUGUAUCACUCAGCUUGUCCAAGUUCUUCACUCUGUUGGUCAGUAUCUUGACAAAAACCUUCAGUCUGAUAUAAUUUACCUUGAUUUUGCCAAAGCUUUUGAUUCUGUAGAUCAUCAAAUACUUCUAAGAAAACUCAAGUCAUAUGGCGUUACAGGGCGUCUUCUCGACUGGUUUCGCGAUUAUUUAAGCGGACGUACCCAAAGAGUUUUUGUCGAAGGUGUCCCAUCAAGCUGGGUUCCUGUUAUCUCUGGCGUGCCACAAGGAAGUAUCCUGGGUCCGAUACUUUUUGCUGUCUUCAUAAACGAUCUUCCGGAAGUAAUAUCCAAUGGCUCUUCGGAAGCUAUGUAUGCUGAUGAUACAAAAUUGUUUAGAAACAUCAACUCUACAACUGACGGUGAUUGUCUACAAGAAUCUUUAUCCAACCUCGACACGUGGAGCCAUGAUAAUAACAUCAAGUUCAACGCAUUAAAAUGUAAGGUUUUGAGCGUGACUCGAAAGAAAUAUCCCGUGACUUACAACUAUCAUCUGGGUUCAUCUUCGUUGCUUCGUGUCCGGAAAGAAAAAGAUCUCGGCAUCAUCGUGACAGACAAUCUCUUGUGGAACUCGCAUAUUCAAAUGAUAACAGCUAAAGCUAACAAGAUGCUUGGUCUCCUAAAGAGAACUUGUCCUUUAUUGACGGAAACCAAAAUCCGGCGUUCAUUAUACCUAUCGCUUGUUAAGUCGAAGUUAUGCUAUGGUACUGAAAUUUGGUCUCCAUCCAAUGUCUCCCUCAAAGUCAAGAUCGAAAGAAUACAACGACGAGCGACAAGAUGGAUCCUAAGAUCAAGAAUAGGUGAGAUAUCAUACCAGGAGAGACUUCAGACUUUGGACAUGCUGCCGCUGUGUUAUGACAGAGAAAUCCAAGACUUGGUCUUCUUCUAUAAGGCACUAUACGGUUACGUAGACUUAGACAUAGGCAAUUAUGUUAGUUUUGUUAGUCAUGAUCGUUCUCGACUAA